UUUAUUUAAUUGGGUAACCAUGCUAAGUACUUCAUAUUUAUAAUAUCAAAAUUUAGCACACUCAAACAAAACAAAAAUGGAGAAAAAGCAGUCUGGUACUGGUAAUGCUACGGGUCCUGCUCCUAAGGAAGUCUCCUUCCUCAAUCGCAUCGAUCUUUCCAGUCCCGAUAUUCACCAAUCUGUUUCUCUUCUCAAACAGGCAUGUUUGGAUUGUGGAUUUUUUUACGUGAUCAAUCAUGGGAUGGGUGAAGAAUUGAUGGAGGAGGUAUUUGAGCAAAACAAGAAAUUUUUCGAGUUGCCAUUAAGUGAGAAAAUGAAAGUUUUAAGGAACGAGAAGCAUAGAGGCUACACUCCUCUUUUUGAUGAGCUCCUGGAUCCUGAUAAUCAAGUUCAUGGAGAUUAUAAGGAGGGUUAUUACAUUGGAGUUGAAGUGCCUGAAGAUGAUCCUCAAGCUGAGAAGCCAUUUUAUGGGCCCAAUGUUUGGCCUUCAGAUGAUAUUUUGCCUGGUUGGAGGCACACUAUGGAGAAGUAUUACCUAGAGGCAUUAGAAGUAGCAAGAGCCAUUGUGAGGAUCAUAGCACUUGCACUUGAUCUGGAGGCUGAUUUCUUUGAUAAGCCAGAAAUUCUUGGCCAGCCACUUGCGUUGUUGCGAUUGCUAAAGUAUCCAGGUCAGAUUUCUGAUCCCUCAAAUGGAUUAUAUGGAGCUGGAGCACAUACUGAUUAUGGUCUCAUUACCCUCUUAGCUACAGAUGAUGUUUAUGGCCUCCAAAUAUGCAAGGAUAAAGAUGCUCAACCUCGAGUAUGGGAAUUCAUAGCACCAUUGAAAGGAGCAUUCAUAGUGAAUCUUGGUGACAUGCUGGAACGCUGGAGCAACUGUCUUUUCAAGUCCACGCUGCACAGAGUUUUAGGGAAUGGUCAAGAGCGAUAUUCUAUUGCUUAUUUUGUGGAACCUAGUUAUGACUGUCUUGUCGAAUGCUUGCCAACCUGCAAGUCCGAGAAAAAUCCACCCAAGUUUCCUCCAGUCAUGUAUGGGGAUUACCUUGGUCAACGCUACAAGGAUACUCAUAUUGAUCUGAAUGUGUACAACAAACUGCAGAGUUAAGCUUGCCGGAGAACAUUUCAAGCUUGCAUUGUACAAUUACUACUCGUUAAUUGCCAUCAGAAUUCUCAAAUUAAAAUGAAGCUCUUGCACACCGCAGGAUGGCUUCCUUUUAGUGGUGUCCUGUUGUACAUUAUUUAUAGCAUUAACCAUAGAGAUGAGUUUUCCUAGUUAA